UGCACAUAAAUUUAAACUUUUGUUCUGCGGGUGAUUGACUGGUGAGAAGUGGUGCUACACUGCUGUCCGGGCCGCCGUUUUAAACCUCAGAUGCGAUGUGGUUUCUGAUAACCUCUAUAUGUGUUUUUUGUGAUCCAAUCACAAAACAUUUUGCACCCUGUUUACAACUAUAUUUAGCGCUGACCUUUGCGAUCGGAUCAUCCGAAACUCAUCUUAUUACCAGCUGUAAACAGGGUCUUACAUGACUGCAGCCAAAGUUAGGGAAUGCUGUAGAAUGACUUCUGGUGGAAGUCCCACCCACAUUCAUUUCCCCAGUAAGACCCCCAGGAAAAGGUGGAUAGUUAAGAUGUAAAAAUAUACAUUGUAAGCAGUGUCAGAACCAAUACCAGUGAAAUUUGGUGAUUCUUGAUGCAAAAACUACUACUGACUAAUUUGUUUAUGGGUAAACAUUGCUUCAAGUUCUCAAGUAAUUAUUCAAGACAAGAAAACAGUCAGUAAUAAAAUAAGAACACAGAAACAAAUAAAGAAUACAGUGCUUAACAUUUCUAACAGCAGUGUCAAGUAUUCAAGUAAACAUUCUUUCUUUCUCGUGGAUUACAGGUCUUCACUGUAUGAUUAUAAUACAUUAAUAUUUUAUUUUAAAGCUACUAAAUGUAUCCAGCCAAGGGCAAUGAAUGUUUUUCUUAUUGUUGUUGUUGAUGUUAAUGAUAGACAAUGGCAGGUAUUUCAUGCUGCAUUUACACCACAAGUCCUUCUGCACAGAUCCAAUAUUUUAAUACAAAUCUUUUGUUUAUGCUUACUUCAGACAUAACUGACUGUAUCUCGUCGAGACUGGUAUCUGUCAGACAGUGCGCUGGGGACGAGUUUCUGAAAUGUAGGAUGGCAGUGGAAGGGAAAAAUAAGGAAAUAAAAAGUGAUCUUUAAGAAUUUCGUUAUUACAGUAAUUUCUCUCUCUACUCCCUUUAUCGUUUGACCUGUUAAUGAGAUUGAUCAGUGGUUGUCUUGCAAUCAACCAGUCAAUUGCGUUUGAUGUAAUGAGCACUCCUGUUUUAACAAGUUGAGCUGUCUGCACAUCACUGAAUAUAGCCUUCUUGAUCAGCAGGGUAAAAAUCAUAUUUUUUUUUUGCAUGCCUAGUCUAAAAUAGUCAUUUUAUAGGCUACUUAGAGCAUACAUUUUUGAUGUGCAAAAUUAACAUGUCAACAUGGUACGGUGAAUGGCGGGACCCGACUCACCUGAGGGGAUUAUCCUGCGCUUGGAAAAAGCCUGUUUGGCAGGAAAAAACAUGCAAGCAUGUUCAGAUUUAAAGAAGACUCAAAUGUGAAAACAUCCAUUGCGACUUGCAAGCCAACGUUUCAGAAAUCCACUUCCCGCACCACCACUACUAUGCUCGUCUUGCGAGAGCAUGUGCGCCUGCAGGAUUUUAUCUCGGGGUAUGCACGGAGUUCAACACUAGCGCCAUCUAGAUCUUUUAUCUCCUGCAACACGUGCCCGACAAUUCUGCCAGUAUGUCCGGUUGCAAAUACUGGCCUUUCAGCCGUGGGAGUGCCAGGCAAACUCGGUUCCUCACUUCAGAUGUGAGAUAGUCGAUGAAUGGAAGGAACAGAUUCCAUCACCAAUAGUCAUCUGGGUUUGUCGCUGGUAUGUUUGACCACUUUGUCUGUAUUGUUACAAUGCGAGAGACCGAGGGAUUGACAUGAAGUUUGUUAGCCAAUGCACAACUUUGAUCCCACAUUCGUUGAUAGUCGCAUCUUCCCUUUUGUUUUUAAGCAGUGUCACAAGCGCAGUGGUGGCAGCACAUGGUAGAUUGCAAGUUGGGUUUUGCAAACUGUUUCUAAGGGUGUUUACACACUUGAGUCCUAAGAACCAUACUCAGACCCCUUUAAGUGGACCAAGUGAAAAAUGACCCAGUUCUUUUUGCGUUCACACUGUCUGAGACCUUGUAAGUGGGCUCAGAUUUCUUUGGCAGUGGUGAAUUUUCAGGGCCAGCAAAGCCUUCUCUGCUGGCCUAACAUGCCAAACAAAUAAAUAUUUUUCAUCAUUUCAUUCUCAAUCACCUUUUUGCCUAUGUAUUUUUAAUCGCUUUACACUCUUAAUUAAUCUACAAACAAAUAAAGAAAACAAAAAGUUUAUCCAGUCAGAAUGUAUUCCUUGAUGCUUACAAGCAAAGUGUGACAACUGAUUCACAAAUCGCAUGCCCGAAUCCGAAGCAGCACAUGAGUUUGAGCUCAACCUCUCAGGCCUUCAGAAUUUCUUCAGAAUCCCCCAACAGUGCAAAUUAAUGGGCAACUAAAGUCAGAUUGUCAGAUUCAUCAGUCAAUCAGAUUGAUUUAUUUGUUCUUGAUGGGUGUGGUCUUUAGGAUAUGUCCCGGUCGAGGCCUUCUAGCUGGCCUUGAGUGAUGCAAUGUACGUAAUUCAAGAGCGAAAAGCGUAAGAUCAAGCUGUCAUCACUGCUGGUAUCGCCAUUGAGAGAGAUCCUUAUGGAUUUAAAAACCUGAGAUGUUCUGCAUGACCGUGUGAUUGCUUAAUUUAUUAAACAGGAAAGGAGCACUGAUUUUCACUUCAAGUAAAUUGGUAAGUGCUUUUUGCAUUAUAGCAACAUCAGGAGUUUUCUAAGUGUCAAUUAGGCUGCUUGAGCAUUCAGUGUCGGAUCAAGCUUUGAAGAGUAGUGCUGCGUUCCAUUCAACUCGGAAAGUCGGAUUUUACAACUUCCUACUAGGGAAAAGUGCAAUGGAAUGCAUCUAAGUCAGAAUUACAACUUGUAGGCUCGUGCAGAAAUUCUCAACUCCGAUUUCGCCGAGAUGCAGGGGCGUGAUGUCACACAAACAUGUCGACACUCAGGGAGAUAUAAAAAGUAAGUGAAACUUUUUCACUUUAUUAAGUAAUAUCGAUAAAUGAGUUAGUUUCCAAAUUACAUAUUAAAGCUUGUUCAACAAACGCCUGCAGAAACAGGCAAUUAUAAUCUCUUUUGAUAAUCGUACACCUGAAGCACAAAUGCUAGCGCUGCAGCAUUGUUUAGCAGUUGGGUUGCUAGGAGACAUCUCUAAUGAGAGUCAAACCCCUGCUAAGCUGACGGGAGCGUUGCAGUUUUGUUUCCUUAAACGUCAUCUUCUGAAUAUCGGGGAAUCGAAUGCACUUAUGGUAUGAUAGAGAUAUCAAGUAGGAAUUAUUUAUUGCAAGCAACAUUUAAAUUGCAAAUAUUAUAAGAGAUUUUUCCAGGUAUUAUAGAUCUCCUUGGUAGAUUCAUAUGAAAAAUUAUGAUUUUUGAAUGUCUGUUCGGGAGAGGUUAAUUUCACAAACAGUCAUGCUGCAGUUAAAAUUAGGCUUGCUUGAGCAUCAAGUGGCGUUUCAAGUUCUGGUUUUCAUGUGUGGACGUGUUUUUAAAAUGUCAAUUGGUAUUACUAGUUAGCUGCGACAAUGUAUGAUGCCCAAAUGCAUAGGGUGUCUUAUUCAUUGUGAAACUGUGUUUUCUUAAUGGGAUGAAUCACACUGAAGGCCAAGACUGUAAAUGCAUGGCCCGCCACUGCUUUUUUUGUCCACUUUGUCAGUUACAGGCUCUCAGUCCUUUUUGCAUUCACACUCUGUGUCAUUUGUGGACCAAGCACAUACAAAGAAAUAUUGUAUUUAUUAUAAUUACAAAUUAUUAGGGCUAUAUUUAAUGUUAAGAGUACAGAUAGCUCUACUUAUUAACUUAUAAGAUAAUAUAAAUGUUUAAUGCUCCCAAAAUGAAUAAACAGCAUAAGAACAGGUGUCUGUAUUCAAUAACACUUCAUUUAUUGAUCUUUGAAUUUAUUGUUUAAUCUACUGACAGCCUCGGGUUACUUCCGUUAAUAGAAUAGUUUACAUAUUCCUGUCGUAAUUUCUUAACAUUCAUGUGGCUUUCAAAGCGUCCGGUUAAACCCUUGAAUCUUCAUUUACACAGAACACUAAAGAAAGACCUUUUAACAAUAGUUUAAAAAUGCUUCUCCCUCUUUCAUAUCUAUGGAAACAAAGCAAGCGGCUCGUCGCAUCUCUCCCGAACUCACGUUGUGAUUUCCUGAGUAGGGGAAACUGUCAGGGCCAAACAUGUUUGAUAUUAUGUGAAUGGGAAAAUCAAGUGAGCCUGGAUUGCUUUUAUUUCACAAUGCACGUAAUUGGCGAACUGAACCAAAGGCUGCAAGCGAACCGUACUCAGACUACCUCCCGAGAUGGUCUCUGCUCGGUUAGAUUUUAAGGGGUCUGAGAUCGUUUGGAGUGUUCACAUAUGGACCAAAAAUCCCACAAACUGCCAUGUUCCCGUCCCUGCUCCCUGGAGACGGGGGUUUCUUCCCCCAAAACCUGCUUCGCGGGCCCGGGGGGUUCCGGGCACCACUACCCCCCCCGUAUCUCCUUCCCUUUUCCGCCAGUUUGGAGAAACUGUAGCCACAGGUGCGGACUGUGUUGGGGCCGGUGUGCUGGCGCUGCAGGGAGCCGGGCCACUUCCAAGACUAAUGUUUGGCGAUGGAGGUGGGUGUAUCAGUCCGGGUCCCCAACACGGCGCAUACCGCCUCCGACCAAGCAGGGACGUACCAGAUACCUGUGAGUAUUCAAGGAGCUACAUACUAGAGCUCGACCGAUAUGGGAUUUUUGAGACCAAUACCGAUUUUAGACAGGGAAAAUUCACAGAUAUGGUGGCCGAUAUAUUUAAUCUUUGAGCUAGAAUGAAAACAGACCUUUUCUAUGUGGAUUUUUCACCGAUUUUGCACCGAUAUGACUAUGCAAAGGUACUCAGAAGGCUGAUUUCUUAAAUAUUUUUUAUCAAAGAAUAUUUGACAUUAUUAUUAUACAUUGUCAACAAAUUCUAGAAAUGAACACUAAGAAAAUAAAGAAUAAAUAAAAACACAAUAAAUGGCUAAAUAAACAUCAGUACUGUAUGUUUAGUAUAAGUCAAAUGCUGACCAUUAAAAUAAAGAAUAAAUAAAAAUAAAAUAAAUAACUAAAUAAACAUCAGUAUUACUGUUUAGUAUCAGUCAAAUGCUGAUUAUAUUAAUACUGCUGAGUCAAGAUAAACAGAUUAGCUGUGGUGUUACACCGUAUUCUGCUAUACAAGUUCAGGAGAAACUUUCAGUUGUGGAAAACCAGACUUUUAAAUAUUACAUUUUAUAAAUGCAACGACUGGAAUUGUUCGGUUGAAGGGGGUACCAAACUGUGAAUCCUGAACAAAACAGUUUGGUGAAUACAAGUUUACUCAUUAGCUUCCACUCAGCUGACAACAAUAGCCUAGUUUCCAUCCACUUUUCGUGCUAUUUUGUUAUCGACAAAAUGAAAAUGCGUAAAAAAGAAUUUGCGAAAUUUGCCGUCUUCUGCCUGUUUCCAUUCAAAUGGCCUUUUAACGAUUAAAAAUGGUGUGCGUGAUGACGUCAUGCCUAAAAAAACUCUUUGUCGCAUAAGUUUUGGUUUAUCGCAAAAGAAAUCUACCCUUCAGCCGUUUCCAUACAGAAAUGUGUGUUUAUUGCUAAUUCACCUCCCAGAUGUCCCUAAUUUUUUUCCACCGAAGUUUUGAUAAAAUGGGGAGAGUAUUGAGACAAUUCAUUGAAAUUAGCCAGCUUACUGUCAUUUUAAUUUCACAAAUAAAUGCAAUCAGAAGAUGAGGAAUUGCAAUCAAAAGGGAGCAGUUGCCCUUCUGAUAGGACUGUAAUAUUGGUCCUGAUGUUGUGCCUAUCGCAGGUUGCCACCGGUCCCGACCCGAAUUGUCAUGGCCCUGUUCAAGCUGGCAACCUGCACCAAGUAGUGGGGAAAUUUUCGGUCUUAGUAUAAGGACCAUCCAUCAAUGUGUAUAUGCUGUGUGCACAGCUAUUAAAGAAAAACUGAUGCGGUGUAAUAUCAGAGUUUACAUAUGAUACGUCCCUGCUAUUCAAUAGGCUGUUUUGAACGAUCAUCUGAUCUAAAGCAUUGCCAUCUCAACUGCAUUAUGUCCCGCAUGUUUGUCCAGCAACUUUUAACAUCCAAUUGAACUUGAUUAUCAUCUAAAAUUAAUUUUAGCAUCAUAAUGCUAUUUACAUUUUCAGAAGAAGCUCAGCAAAUGCGUUCUGAGGUAAAGAGGGUUAGAUAUUAAAUAUUUAAAAGUUUUAAAAGGUUCAAAGCUCGUUUUCUGAAAGUGAACUCCGCAUUGGACAGAUAGUUCUGAUACUUUAUAGUCUUGAAGUGUAGAAAAUGUCAUUCAGCCGACUUUAUUCGUCUACAGAACAGGGUACGGCUAAUUUAAGUUUGUGUAAAGAAAAGGCUGAUGGUCUAAAAAUAUAAUUUUUUUCAUUUGGUCAUUUAUUUUUUUAAUUUAAUGUGUUUUUCGUUUGGUAAUUUAUUUAAUUUAAUACAGGGAAUUUUGCCAGCAUUUUUUCAAAAGUAAGCUAAACAAUAAUUUAAUAGAAUUGAGUUAUAUGUUAGUGUUCCAAAAGCACACUAAAGCGUUUCUCCUAGUAUUGUGUGUUUUUUUUUUUAUUUAAAACAUCUUUGUGCACAGAAAUUAUAUGUUUUUUGUAUUGUAGGCUAAUUCAGUGAUUGCUGUCUAGUUUUUCACAUGCUUAUUCUCCAAAUUAAUGACUGCCCCAUCUCCUAAGAUACAGAGUCUGGGGCAGAAUAAAAUCUAAGAGGCCAAAACCUCGCACACAAAACUCUGAAUCCUCAACCAGAACUCUUGAAUCUUAACACAUCCCCAAAAGACAUUGAUUGUGUCUCCAUCUUCUGAUUGACAUCACCAGCAGGUGGGUGUCUUUAAGACCAAGCCUAUGCAAUCUAGAGGGGGUCCAAUAGACUCUAUGUAAAAUCUUGAAUCUUGAAUCUCUAGAUGCAGAUUUGACGUUUUUUAGAAUCCUAGCACACACUCCCUCCUCCAAUACCAAGUUUAGAUCUUUCUCCCAUAAUCUCUAAGAGAAGCUGAAGUUCCGUCCCCCAGACUCUGAAUUAACAGGGAGUAAUACACCGAUGCCUCAUGACCUUUUCUGAAAGCAGUAAACACCACUCCCAGAGGAUCUGCCACUUUAGGGUGUGUAAACCACUUCGAAAAACAGUACAAAGCAGGUGGUGCAACUGUAAAUACUAAAAGAACUGAGAUCUGGGAAUCCCAAAAAGUUUAACCAAAUUUUUAAAGGAGCACUCCUCUCUCAUAUAGGUCACCGAGUGUAGUAACCCCCCUCCCAAUCCAUUCUGACCAACAAAAAGGGGACUUGUUGAUGCAUAAUUUGGGGUUCAGCCAUAUGCUCGAGGCAACAUUUAAAUAAAUGUCUGAAUUAAACACUCUGGACACUUUUGUCCAUACCGAGUUCAAAUGCGAGAUAACGGGAUGUAACUUCUCCGAUUAAUUUGGUAGGCUCUGCAAUGGUGAAAUAGGGGCAAGAACUUCCUGUUCUAUACAGAACCAGGGAGGGGCUCUCUCAGGUGGAAGCAACCAAUGAGUCAAAUGUCUGAGACCAAAUGCUUAAUAAUAAAAUAAAAUCUUGGGUAGGCCUAGCCCACCUUUGUCAAUCGGCCUAUGUAACUUAUUGAAAUGUAAUUUGGGACGCUUACCAUUCCAAAUGAAGGACUUCGCUUUGCUAUCAAUUUGCUUGAAAUAAGAGAGGGGGACAUCUAUAGGGAGAGACUGCAGCAAGUAAUUGAAUUUUGGAAUACAAUUCAUUUUAAUAACAUUAACUUUCCCAAUCAUAGAUAAAUGCAAUGAAGCCCACCUGCCCACAUUGCUCAAACCAUUUUAUUAAGGGGUCAAAAUGAACUCUAACUAAAUCACACAAUUUUGCUGGGAUUGUAUGAUUUGGUGUGACCUUUGCCCCUGAAUGUCUGCUAAAACAAUAAUGACUCUUCCUAUUUUAUCUUUAAUCUGUUUGAGAAAUUUGAAUUGUAGAUGUUUAUUUAUCAAUAUAAUGACCCCCCUGCUCUUACUUGAGCCAGCACUAAAGAAAACAUGUCCACCCCAUAUCUUCCCAAAUUUUUCAGCUUCCUGUGGGGAAAGAUUCGUUUGAAGAAAUGAAUCACAUUUCUCAUGCUUAAGAAAAGAAAUAACCUUCCUUCUUUUUAUGGGGUGCCCCAACCCAUUGACAUUCCAUGUGGAGAGAGAUAAUCCAUUCACAUUAACAUCUGACAUAUUGAUAUAAUAAAAAAAAUUGUGUGUCAAAAGCAUGAUUAUACAUACCACAUUUCCCAUUAAUGCAACAAUCAAACCCCAAACUUCCCCCCGAACAAAACAAACAGAAAAAAGAAAAACGUGCACAUUAACCCCGCACGACAGCGGCAACAGGCAUCAAUCCCUCUAAACUCAAAAGGUUCACGUAUGCAUGCGAGGACCCACGCGACAACUUUGCUAUCGGAUUACUCAAGUCUGGUGCUUCUGCACAGGUUUUGUGAGGCAAAAUUACAUAACAGAAAAUACUUCGUGAAACAGACCCCAGCCAACAGGCAGAAUAAACACAAAAAACAUGUAGAUUCAUUCACAGAACUGUCUUGAAGGUGUGUUCCUCCACAAAACAAACUCCAGCUGAUAUAAAGCCUUUCAGUUUCCUCGGACAGAUAGACAAUUGUUCAGUGAGCCAGCUGUUAUGAGAGCAGCAGAUGACGUAAUCAUUCCAAUGUUCCUUAAAAAUACUCCACAAAACAAAACUCCAGCCAACAGGAGGUGUAAGCACAAAGAAUGAUCAGAUUCAUCCACAGCUGACCCAAAGGAGUGUUAUUCAACAAAACAAACUCCAGCCGCUAGGCGGAGCAGCACAUAAAGAAACAAAACAGGCAUUCCGGUUCCUUGGAUGAUCAAGUGUAUAUUGAGCGAGUCAAAUUCAUUCGGAGGCCGCAUAAAAAAAAAAUACAUCAUGACUUACUCAGUCUGACAACUUUAGAAAAGACGUCCUUUAUGUGAGCAUGUUGAUAUUUUGCGGUUAUCCAUAGUGUCCAUUCUCUAUCUGGCCGGGAACUUCAGUGUAAAAGCGAUCUUCCGUCAAUGCAAAAGUUUCUUGGAGUGUCAUGCCACAAAACAAACUCCAGCCGCUAGGCGUAGCCAACGCAGAAAGAAACAAAAAAUGGCGCCCAACUUCCUCAGACAGCCGAGACACUGAACAGCAAGUCAGUACACUAACAUAAGAAACGCCCAAUGGUUUACUCGCCCAUAAUUUGUAUGAAGGCCAGUGCCUUUUUGUGGCAUAAAUAUACUUUGCUGCCAUCCUUGGUGUCUAUUCUCAGUUUGGCCGGAAACAUCAGUGCAAAAGCGAUCUUCCGUUGAUGUAAGUGUUUCUUACAUUCCUUGAACCAAUCGCGUUUCACUCUUGUCUAAUUCGCAAAGUCCAGGAACAAUAAAAUAUUGUGAUUCUCCCAAGAAAGCUUUCCUUUGCUCCUCACCUGGCGCAACACGAGAUCUUUUUCGGAUAAUCUCAGAAAUUUGGCUAGAAUUGAUCAGGGCCUGUCUCCCUCAGCAGAUCUGCGAGCAGGGACUCUGUGAGCUCGCUCGAUUUCCAGCUUAUGGCCUGUUAUUUCGAGCAGAUUCGAGAAGAGCUCGUCUAGGAAUUUCACCAUCUCUGCCCUCUUCAUGCUCAGGAAUUCCAACAAUUCAUGUUAUUCCUUCGGCUCAUUUUCAAAAUAUUCAAGUUUUUCCAAAAUGUGUUCCAAGUCUGUUUUGGACGCGGGCGCGUUAGCGGAUAAUUCCCUUUCCGAAGAUUCCAGAUAAUUGAUUCGUUUUUCAACUUCUGUCAAUCUUGUGACCAACUCAGAGAAUUUUGUUUCCAUCACCGUAAUAGAUCGACGUAUUACAGCGAGAUCCUCCAAGUCAGCAACAACCUUCAUCAGCAUCACUGAGAUGUUGGACAGUUGACGCUGGAUUUCAUCUCCCAACGUGCCGUCCAAAUCGAGUACCCAGCUCGCAGUCCCGUCAGAGGCCUCAGCUUGAACACAUCUGCUUCUCCAUACCACACAGUGAUCCUUAUUCACUCCUGCAGUAAAAAAAAAAAAAAAAAUGGUGGAAUAUAAAGAGGAACUCCACUGGCAUACUAUUGCAAAAAUGAAGUCUGUUAAAGAGGAACAAAGAGACUUGACAGAAGUGAAAGAGGAAAGUCAAGAACAGAAUGAUGUGGAGGAGAAACAUCAUGAUCAUAAAUUUGAAAAUUUCAUGACUGGUGAAGAACCUUUUAGUGGCUCAAAGACUGAAAUUAAUUUGUCACAGAAAAGAACCCGAAGAACAAAAGCCAAAAAUCCCUUUACCUGCUCUCAGUGUGGAAAGAGUUUUGCACAUAAGGGAGAUUUUCAGCGUCACAUGAAAAUCCACACUGGAGAGAAACCUUUCACAUGCUCUCAGUGUGGAAAGAGUUUUGCAAAUAAAGGAGAUCUUCAGCGUCACAUGAAAAUCCACACCGGAGAGAAGCCUUUCACCUGCUCUCAGUGUGGAAAGAGUUUUGCACAUAAAGGAGAUCUUCAGCGUCACAUGAGAAUUCACACUGGAGAGAAGCCUUACACAUGCUCUCUGUGUGGAAAGGGUUUCACACAAACAAGCAAUCUCAAAAUUCAUCUGCAAUAUCACUCUGGUUUAAGACUGUUUAACUGUGAUCAGUGUGGCAAGACGUUUACGGGUGCAUCACAGCUAAAGUUACACCUGACAUCUCAUGCAAAUGAAAAGCCUUACGUGUGUUCUUUUUGUGGAAAGAGUUUCGUUACUUCAGGAAACCUGAAAACCCAUGAGAGAGUCCAUACUGGAGAGAAGCCAUACCACUGUACUUCAUGUGGGAAGAGUUUCAGCCAAUCAAGCAAUCUCAAAAUUCAUCUGCACUAUCACUCUGGAUUCACACCAUUUAACUGUGAUCAGUGUGGCAAGAAAUUUUCGCUGCCAUCACAGCUAAAGUUACACCUGACAUCUCAUGCAAAUGAAAAGCCUUUUGUGUGUUCUUUUUGUGGAAAGGGUUUUGUUACAUCAAGAAACUUGAAAAACCAUGAGAGAGUGCAUACUGGAGAGAAGCCGUUCAAAUGCACUUUAUGUGGGAGGAGUUUCAGCCACUCAAGUAAUCUAAGGACUCAUUUAAAAAAGUAUUGUCCAAAACUGUGAUAGUGAGCAAUGUUAAUUUCAGGGCCACAUUUUAUUAAAUGUUAUACUAUGUCAGCCAGUUCACUUAAUCUGGUGGCUGUUGUCUGAAAGUAAUGAAAUCAUUCAAUAAGAGAAACAGAUGUAGCUUGCUGAACAAUAGGACCAAAUGAAAGAUGAGGUUCAAAGAUUUGGAAACAUUUUGUUUCAAUUGACAAUGAGCUCUUAAAUGACCAAAUAGGGUGUUUAGUUUGAUGUCACAAAUUUCGAAUGAUAAAAAGGGGAAAAAAAUGACUGGAAAGACCAAGCAGAAUUAAUAGGACACUGUGCUUAAUCUCAUGUCAUUUAAGCAAAGAAAUAUGAAGAUCACAUCCUGCAGCAUUAAAGUCAACAGAAAUUCCAGUGUUGUGAUAAAACCUGAAGAAUGUGUGAGUAGAGAGCAAGAUGAGUGAUCUUUGUGGAUUGAUCUCAUGUUAUUUUAUAUACAUGAAGCAAACACACUGACUAAACUAUAAGAUGCAAAAGAGAUGUAAAAUUACAAUAUAUGUGGGAUUGCAGAUUUAAAGGGGUAAUGAUAUGAGGUAUCAAAUUGUCUUUGAUCUUUUGACAUAAAAGAGGUAACUACUAUAAAAACAUACUGUAAGUUUCAGAACUGAAAACAUCCUCCUCCCCUGCAAUAAGAGAAUUUGUUGAAACCAAGCUGCCAAAACGACUCGUUCUCUGCUUCCUCCACAUUGUGAUCUCGCACUGUGGUAGACAUUUGCAUCUGACCGCCUCCACAACAACACAUCAGUAGGUGUGUUUGACUUGAAUUUCAUCUUGAUUUGCCGGUUGCAGUCAGGGGAGGAGUUGAAAAGAGAGCCAUCAAGUCGGAUACUUGCGCUUCUUGUCAUCUGCUGAACCCACACCAGUCACUGAAGAUAGCAUGAUGUUUGCUUCCUUUAUUGCAGAUUAAGUGAAAUUCAGACAGACAGAUGUUUGAAUUUUACAUAAAAUAACUUGAAACAGUGUUCAUUUGAAAAGGUUAUGUGCUGCUUAAAACAGUGCCUGCUGUGUGUACAAGAAAAAAAGUCCAAUAAAAGCCUAUAAUAUUUUUAUACCAAUAAAGGAGUCAGUAUUUUUAAUUAUUUUGAAUUGAUUUAAGAAUAACAAUGUAUAGCAUGAUUUAAACAUGAUGUACGGUUAUAAAAACACGUUGUGACUUGUGAGAGUUUUCACCGAAAUGGAAGUGUCAGAAUAAACACCAUGGUAAUGGCAUACUACCACAUUAUUUUUUUUCUGCC